UUUAAAUUAAAAUUAACCAUUCGUUAACUCUAAUAAACGCAUGAUGAUAAUUAUUUUGUAUCAAACUAACUUUUUGAUACUAAAAGUGAUGGAAAUGGUGAAUUAAAAGUGUUGCAGUUUGGGUAAACGUAAAGAACGUACAACAAUGGCCGAAAGCGACGAAAAAGCGGUCGUUCUCAGUUAUCAUGACUCGCUUUUGAGAAAGUCAGACGUUUCGUUGCUGGAAGGACCGCACUGGCUGAAUGACAAACUUAUAGGGUUUUCGUUUGAAUAUUUUGAAAAUGACCGCUUCAAAGAAAGGUGCCACCAUGUUCGCUUCAUCAGCCCUGAUGUCACGCAAUUUAUCAAACUUGAACUACACACAAAGAAGCUAGUCUUCCUUGCAGUUAAUGACAGUACCGAUGCAAGCCAGGCAGGAGGUUCCCAUUGGAGUCUUCUAGUAUUCUCCCGGAAAGAUGGGAUCAUUUCACAUUAUGAUUCUAAUCAUGGUUACAACGAAGCUGCUGCUAGAAGUAUUGCCAAAAAGAUUUAUCCUUAUCUACGGGCAUAUGGUGAAGUGGAGUAUCAGGAGGCUCUAACUCCUCAACAGAACAACUGCUAUGACUGUGGGAUAUACGUAGUGUCUGUAACUGAGUGUCUCUGUAUGAAAUAUCUGGAAUCAUUCAAAUCUCCACUGGAUGAGUUUGUAACGCCAGGAUACGUGUCAAAAAAGAGGAAAGACUUAAUAGACUUGAUUUUACGUCUUGCUAAAGGCAGAUGAUACUACAAAAAUUAGGAGUUUGUGCUUUUAUUUCUGCUAUCUAUAGAGACUAUGGCCAAAAGGCAGACUUCGAUGUCCAUAUAGGUUAUCUUCCCUAUGUUGGACAGGUUUUCUUGGAGUAUUAGUGUUCUGGUUGUGAUUCCAAAAUGAGCAUAGACAGACCUCCUGAAUGGGAUUGUAGUCCCUGCAGUAGUGUUGUCCUUAAGUAGCUAGCAGGAUCAUUGUGUCAAGAAAAUGGAUUGGUUUGCUUGCGAAAUUGUGCACAAAGCAGCAACCAGCGGGUAAAAGUAAGAUGGGUCACAUCCUAAAAGUCUGUCUUCACCUGAUAUGCUGUCACAACCAUCACAAUGCAUGAAGACAUGUAAUAAGAUUGUGAGUUUUUCUAAUAUUCGUGUGGUGCAUCAUACUGUUCUGAAAACUUUGAUUGAUCAUUGAAAUUCUGGAACUUUUGUGCUUUGGAAAUUUCUACACAUUUCUCAGUGUCUUUGAUACUUGGUUGGAAUGUACAUUGAUAGUGAGGAGCUCUACUAUUUCCUUUCCUUUCACUAAUCUUACCUUGACUGGGCAACCCCGAUGUGUGUCCUCUUAGAUGUUGUUGAUUGUAGUGUAUUGUAUACCUUAUGCACUGUUAUUCCUAUACCUAUUU